UCCCAGCUGUAAGCCUGUAACCCCUCUACUUCGCAUGUUCUCGGAGCUCCGGCUCCACUAACGGAGCCCCAGUUCUAAAUUGGUUAUUAAAAAAAAAAAAGAAAUAUAUAUAUAUAUAUAAAUAUAUAUAUAUAUAUUAUAGAUUAAGCAACUAUUUCUCGUUUGGAUCUCCUACUUUUCUAUUUUUUGUUUGCCAGAUCUCGAGCCGAAGAAAUGUCCGGAAAACCAUGGGGUAACAUCGGCGCCUGGGCCGCCGACGCAGAGCUGGCCGAAGCGGAGGAACGCGAGGCUGCCUCUGCGGCGGAGUCUUCUUCCCAUAGCUACCCCAGCCUGAAAGAAUCCGUUAGCGCCAAGACCAAGAAGAAGAAGACGACCUUAACCUUGUCUGAGUUCUACUCCGCGUCCUCCGGCCAGCGCUCCGCAACCGAAUACAGCCAAGGCUUGACCACCGACGAGAUGCUCCGUCUUCCCACCGGCCCCAAAGAGCGCUCCCCCGAUGAAAUGCAGUACGGUAAGCUCGGAGGCGGGUUCUCUUCCUACGGGCGGUCCGGUUCUUUAACUGGUCGUGGCAGAGACCGAGACGAUGCCGAUGGGUCCUGGGGAGGUGGUGCCCGGAGGUCCUAUGGUGGAUUUGAUCAGGAACGGAGGGGUACCCCUUCGUCCAGGGUUUCGGAUUUCGAUCAGCCGUCGAGGGCUGACGAGGUAGACAAUUGGGCAUUGACGAAGAAACCUAUGCCUUCACUCGAUUCGGGUAGGCAGGAUCGGUACGGGUCGCUUGGGGGCGGGUCUAGGGCCGAUGACGCUGAUAAUUGGGCGGUUGGGAAAAGGCCUGUUCCCUCUAGAUCUUCGACAUUCGGGUCAGGCUUUCGCGAUUCGGCUCAGGAGCCCGAUCGUUGGACUAGAGGAGGGGGAGGGUUUCGUGAGAGCGAGCGGGAGCGGCCAAGAUUGGUAUUGGAUCCUCCUAGGGAUUCGGGUGUGAAUGAGCCGCUGGUGGUGGCGAAGACUAAUAAGCCGAACCCGUUUGGUACCGCACGGCCUAGGGAGGAGGUUUUAGCGGAGAAGGGUUUGGACUGGAAGAAGAUGGAGUCGGAAAUUGAGGCUAAGAAAGCGAGUACACCAACGAGUACACACUCGAGCAGGCCUUCCAGCGCGCAGUCAAGCCGGUCUGAGGGUCAGGGGCUGCAGCAGGGGGUUGAGAAUGUGGUGAAGCCAAGGCCAAAGGUGAAUCCUUUUGGGGAUGCCAAGCCUAGGGAGGUUUUGCUUGAGGAGCGAGGUAAGGAUUGGAGGAAGAUUGAUCUUGAAUUGGAGCAUCGCAGGGUUGACAGGCUUGAAACAGAUGAGGAAAAGAAGUUAAAAGAAGAAAUAGAUCACUUAAAGAAGGAACUUGAGACAGAAUCUACCAUGGAAGCAAACAGUGAAUCUCUACAAGGGUCUGGUGGUGACCAAUCCAGUUUACGUGACGUAAUACUUCUCAAAGAAAGGGAAUUGGAAGCACUAAUUCGUGAUUUGGAUGGUAAAGUUCGAUUUGGGCAGAAAGCUGUUGAAAGGCCUGGUUCGGGGCCCAGUUCUGGAGCAGGUAGGGUGGCUGGUUUUCCUGAGAGGCCACCUUCUCAAUCUGGUUCAAUUGAGGAAACAAGAAAUAUGGAAUUCAUGGAUAGGCCUCACUCGCGGGGUGGAGGGGAUGUGUGGGCAAGGCCUGCUGAUGACAGAAGAUCCUUUGGAUCUGGCAGGGAUAGAGGAUUUCUAGGCAACAGAGACUUGGAUAGGCCGAGGUCGAGGGAUAGGUGGUGAACAGCAAUGUGUGGAUUCAUUGGAUUGUACUCUAGUUUUGACAAGCGGGAGAAAAUAAUAUUGUCUCACAUUUUUCUUGGUUUUAGUUUGCUUCAGGAAGUGGAGCAGAAAUUGUUGAGUAUUGGCACUGGGAACUCAAUGCGUUUAUCUGUUACCAUUUUGAAACUAUGUAAAAUUGCUUGUUUGUUUUUUUAUUUUUUCCCCAUCUGUUUUGAAUCAGUGAGCCUGUGUUGUUCGUAUGAUAAUUGUAUUGGAAACUAUGGGACUCAACAGUUUAUUUUUGACAGUCA